UAAAAUACCGUAUUUUACAUCUGUGUACGAGCCGAAUUAUCGAAUGCCGACAAAUAAAUAAACAUGACAAUCGGAUUUAGGUCUCUAACGAAGCUGGUAGUACCUGCGGUAACCAAUUUAUAUUGUGUUUCACGUCUACAAAUAAGUACUUUGAAAAUGACAGAUAACAACCCUGAUUACAAAAGUGCUUCAAGCAUUCACGAAUUUACGGUAAAAAACAUUAAAGGUGAAGAUGUCAAGUUGGACGCCUACAAAGGUCAUGUUUGCAUUAUUGUAAAUGUUGCAUCUCAGUGUGGUUUAACAGCAAAUAAUUACAAACAACUCAAUGAAUUAUUCGAUCACUAUGGUGAAAGUCGAGGUUUAAGGAUUUUAGCAUUCCCAUGCAAUCAGUUUGCUGGACAAGAACCUGGUAAUUCAGAAGACAUUGUUUGUUUUGCUUCAGAGCGUAAAGUCAAAUUUGACUUGUUUGAAAAAAUUGAUGUAAAUGGUGAUUCAGCUCAUCCAUUGUGGAAGUUUUUGAAGAAUAAGCAAGGUGGAACACUGGGUUCGUUCAUUAAGUGGAACUUUACAAAGUUCAUCAUUGACAAAGAUGGAGUGCCUGUGGAAAGACAUGGACCAAAUGUAGAUCCCACAAACCUGGUCCAACACCUUGAAAAAUAUUGGUAAAAUAUUCACAAAAAUAUAAAUAUUUAUUUGAGCAUUGUUUGAUAUCACAUCUUGAAUAUUGUGCAUUUUGAUUUUUUUAUGUUUUCAAGCAUUUGUUAUAAGUUAUAUUCUUUGUUAAAAAUAA